AUGAAUGACACUGUAUGGAAAUUAGACUAUAUCACUGGCGCCGAGGGAAGACAAACAAAGCAAGGGGAACAACACCUAACCAGUCUGCAGCCACACAGUAACCAGCAAGUAUCUCAUUCAAUAACAUCGCAACAAAGAAAAUCAACAUUUGAACACGUACCAGAGAAACAUCUGCAUUUGAGAGAGACUUCUGAAUCUGAACAACGUGACAAUCAAAAUUAUACUCGUCCACCAACUACAAAACAAGAACAGCUUAUUUCUAGGUAUCAACUUGCGAAACAGCAUACAAUGCAUUUGCACAGCACCUCCAACAUGUUUGUUAAUUAUUCUAACCACAAACCAAGUUCGAUUGGUGGCCACUUUAAUAAGCCACUUACAUUCAUUUCAAAUGAUCAACCCAAACAACCUCAACUGUCUUCUUCACGUCAAAUCAAACUACCAGCCAAAGAAUGUUUAAAUAGAGAAGUUACCAUUCACUCGGCACGGAGUAGACAGUUCGAUCGCCAUACGAUCAGUUUACUACAGCGUUCAACUAUCGAUAGUAACUACCGCUACUCGGUUCAUUCACAGCCAUGGAAUAUUAUUCUAUAUAACAGAACGAAUCGUGCUAGUGGACAAACACACGGUAGUUUGUCUUCGGUGCCAGAGGAAAUGGGGAAAAUUGAAUCACGGAAUUUAUUAACGGAUAAAGACGGCGAUCACACACGGAUCCAUGGUGAUAUCUCAAACAAAAAAUUCCAAAGUGGUUUUAAUAUAAUUCAUGAAGGAAAAUCGCAACCUGUGGUAUUAAAUGGAAAUUAUAAAAAUGGAAAUUAUGAUAAACAUAAUAAUUCAACUAAGGAGAAAACUAAAACUAAAAAGUUAUUGACUAGUCGAUCCCCAAGGACGGGUAUAGAUCAUCAUCAAGCUAUUAUGUACGCUCAGAUAAAAGACACAAGCUUUUAUGACAAUGAUUUUAGGCACAGAUCUAUGAGUGAAUCACAGGCACAGUUACGUAAAAAAGUGUUAGAAAGACGCUUAAGGAUGAGUGGCGCUUUGGAUGGAAAUGAGGACGCUCCACAUCGUGUCACCUGGGCUGAUAAUCUAGGCAGCAGCCUUACAUGCGAUUCCAGAAGAAGGUCUUUUUCACAAGGAUCAACUGGAUUACCGAAUAAACCCAUUUUAAAAAAGAUGCCCCAUAAUGACUCGGACUCGCCAUCUGAAGCGAACAGUCAGUCAGUGUUGCCCGUCGAUACAAGAUAUUUGUGA